GAAAUCCGCUUGGAGAUAGUGCUGCAGCGACGCCGUGUUUGACACUUGAAACUAAGAAUGGCGGAAGAAUCCACCCCGGAACCUGGAUCGAAUCGCUUGUAUUCUGCGGUCAACGGCGGCCGGACGAAGGAAGAAUGCGAGGAUAUGAUUCGAAGAAGUCUCCGAACUCCGAUGGUGAAAUUCUUGAUGGAGCAUUUGGAGAAAUCUGGAUGUGGGAUUGGGGAUAAGUUUAUUAAGGCUGUUCAUUGCGAUAAGCAGAUCAGUGGUGGCUAUGUUCGUGGUGAAGGGAUAAUGGUGUGUAGGAAUCAUAUGAACAUUCAAGAUGAGGUUAACCAAGUUGUAAUUCAUGAGCUUAUUCAUGCUUUUGAUGAUUGUCGUGCGGCAAACUUGGAUUGGGCUAAUUGUGCACAUCAUGCUUGCAGUGAGAUUCGAGCUGGUCAUCUAAGUGGUGAUUGCCACUAUAAACGAGAACUACUGCGAGGUUUUGUCAAAUUACGAGGACACGAGCAAGAGUGUGUGAGAAGAAGAGUGAUGAAAUCAGUGAUUGCUAAUCCUUAUUGCUCGGAAGCCGCUGCAAGGGAUGCCAUGGAAUCUGUCUGGGAUGUUUGUUACAAUGAUACACAACCAUUUGAUAGAGCUCCCUGAACAAAUGGAACAUUGUAAUGUCCUCUACAGAGAACAAAGCAGUCACUGCUCCUAUUUUAAUGGUGCUGUGCCCAAAAGAGAAACAGGUUAUUUUGCCCAAAAUUUGGAUUCCAUAAACUAUAGAGUAAGUUCAUUGUCACGAGCAGUUCGAUCAAUUACACGAACGAUCGAUGAUUUUAUUCGGAUAUAGACAUUCUCAUUUUUUGCUUGCAUCUGUUCCAAUACCCUUUUCAUAUUGAUAACCUUAUUGUGUAAUACUUCUAAAUUCCCAUAUUAAUUGGUUAGCUAUGUCCGUGUGAAAACAGUAUUCUCUUAUUCAUUUUAA